AUGUCAAACUUGCCAAUUGAAGCCGAGUUCCAACAAGCCGUCUCUGAGAUCACCCAAACCCUUGAGCCUUUCCUCGCCAAGAACCCAGAGUACAGGAAAGCUCUCGAGGUCGUCCAAAUCCCUGAGAGAAUCAUCCAAUUCCGAGUUACCUGGGAGAGAGAUGAUGGUUCCCUCGCUGUAAACAGAGGAUUCAGAGUUCAAUUCAACUCUGCUCUUGGUCCUUACAAGGGUGGUCUCCGUCUUCACCCCACUGUCAACCUUUCCAUCCUCAAAUUCCUCGGUUUCGAGCAAAUCUUCAAAAAUGCUCUUACCGGUCUUAUGAUGGGUGGUGGUAAAGGUGGAUCAGACUUUGACCCCAAGGGUAAAUCUGACCAUGAAAUCAGACGAUUCUGUUACGCUUUCAUGCAAGAACUCUCUCGACACAUUGGUGCCGAUCUUGAUGUUCCCGCAGGAGAUAUCGGAACCGGUGGAAGAGAAAUCGGUUUCAUGUUUGGUGCUUACAAGAAAUACCGAAAUGAGUUCUCUGGUAUCUUGACUGGUAAAGGCGGUAACUGGGGUGGAUCCUUCAUCCGACCUGAAGCUACUGGUUUCGGUCUCGUAUACUACGUCACUGAAAUGUUGAGAGACCUCGAUAACACCGACUGGAAAGGAAAGAAAGUUCUCAUCUCAGGUGCUGGUAACGUCGCUCAAUACGCAGCUAUCAAAGUACUUGAAUUAGGUGGAAAAGUAUUAUCUUUAUCCGAUUCAACUGGUUCAUUAAUCGCUACUGGUGAUGAUGGAUUCACCAAAGAAGAUAUUACAACAAUUGCCGAUGUCAAACUUGCCAGAAAAUCACUUACUUCAUUCGAUGCUGGAAGUCGAUUCAAGUGGUACGCAGGUGAAAGACCUUGGAAAUUAGUCGAAAAAGCAGAUGUAGCUUUACCCUCAGCUUCCCAGAAUGAGUUGAACGGUGAAGAAGCCGAAGCCCUCAUCAAAGCUGGUGUAAGAUACGUUGCUGAAGGUUCAAACAUGGGUUGUACACUUGAUGCCAUUGAGAUCUUUGAAAAGUCGAGAAAAUCAAUCAAAUCAAGAAACAACACUGAGGGUGUAUGUUUCUACGCUCCUGGAAAAGCCGCCAAUGCAGGUGGUGUCGCCGUUUCAGGUUUGGAAAUGGCUCAAAACUCUCAAAGACUCAAGUGGACCCCAGAGGAAGUCGACGCUAAACUCAAAGAUAUCAUGGUCACUUGUUACAAGACCUGUUGGGAAACCGGAAAAGAAUACGCUGAAGGUGGUGCCUUACCUUCUUUGGUCGCAGGUGCAAACAUUGCUGGUUUCAUCAAAGUUGCCAAUGCCAUGAAAGACCAAGGUGACUGGUGGUAA